AAAGGUCGCCUCUCGAAGGAUGUUUCGGCAGGGGCUGCAACUCACGUAGCCAGGGCAGGUGCCUCUCCCGCCAGAGCCUCGGGAUCAUCACCCUCGCUUCGUGGUGCAGGGAAGCCGUCGAUGAAAAGCAGCUCCGAAAUAGACCGAGUCGUGGCCAUCGCUUCGCCAUCUGCUACGACAGACCGAGCGUUAGACCCUCCUCCAACCACUCCGGCAGUGGCGG